AUGUUUCUCUCGUGUAUUCUAUUAGUUGCGGCCGCGGCAAGAAAUACCCUGGCUCUGGUCCAGGCCCCGGCAUUGCCAGGAGCUCCACCGAUCUCGUCUGAAGACCGGAUCUAUACAGGUGACCAGUCGUCCAACACCGUUACCGUCAUCAAACCGAGCACUAACGAGGUCCUCGGGACCAUCAGCCUUGGCGAUCCACGCUUGACCAACCUUGUUGGCCCACAAUACUUGAAAUCGAUCAACAGUCAUGGACUCGGCUUCUCUCGGGAUGGCAAACACAUCGUGUCACUCAGUGUCACGAGCAACACCGUCAAUGUUAUCAGGACUUUGGACAACAGCAUCGUUUCCCAGACAUUCUCGGACCGCGCACCGCACGAGGCCUUCUUCACCGCAGAUAAUCGCACAGUGUGGGUCGCCUGUCGGGGCACCUCCUUCAUCAACAUCAUCGAUGGGCUAGAAGGGGGCAUCAUCGGUCGCAUCCAAACGGCACCGGGACCUAGCAAAGUUCUCUUCAGUCCUGACGGCAAAACUGCAUAUGCGAACCACAUCCUCUCCCCGUCUGUCGAUAUUAUUGACGUCGCAAACCGAAAAGUCACACACAUCAUCCACGGCCUCGCCGACGUGUUCUCCUCCGACAUGAUGCUCUCCGCCGAUGGCACUCGCUUAUGGGUCGCGCACAAGAUGAUCGGAAAGGUCUCCAUCAUCGACCUCACCACGCGCACCGUCGUUACUGCACUGGCUACCGGUCCCGAAACUAACCAUCCCAACUUCGCGAUCAUCAACGGCACAACUUACGGCUUUGUUACUGUCGCAGCCGUCAACGCCACUAAGGUCUACAGACAGGAUACACCCGCCUCGAGUCCCGUUUUCAUAACGGCAAUCGAAGCCUCCGGAGUAGAACCCCACGGUAUCUGGCCCAGCCCUGACAACACUCGAAUGUACGUCGUAAAUGAACACAGCGACUCCGUUGACGUCAUCGACACAUCCACCCUUUCAGUCAUAGAUACGUUACACGUUGGCCAGGAAGGCCAAGCACUCGUAUACGUCGCAGGCGCAGUUCCCGCUUCCACGAACGUUAGCACCUACACUGCGAAUCUUGGCCAUCAAGGCCUCAGUGGGCGCGUGGAAAAUGUACUAAUACCCGUAGUGUCAAAUACUUCGCGGACAACAGCGACGAAUGGUUCUGCACUGAUCACUAUCCGCGCUCUCCCAGGAUUGGACAUGCUGCAGAUCAUCGGCCGUCACUUGCGGGCCAACGUGACGUAUGUGCUGUCUGCAUCUCCGACGGGGUAUGGUGGUGACAAACCUGUAGCGGUGAAAAUUCCGCUUGUGGAAUUUAAUGCUUCAGUGCCUGACCCGAUGGGGUGUGAGAUUGCACCGCAGGUCCUGGGAUUUAUGAAGGUUUUUGGGGUGUACGGGCUAAAUACAUUCGAGAUUGGACCUAAGUCUAUCUAG